GUUUUUGUUUUGUUUAAAAUACAGAAUAAUUUAAAAUAUAUCUCACAGUAACGAUAUUCUUUGAUUUUACAAGGUUUAACAGCGCACACAAUGUUUACUAUCAAGAAAUCCAUUGUUGAUACGACGAGAUACAGUUUAUGGUGAAGAAAGCGUCAAAUCUCCAUGGAAAUUACAUCAACUGAGAAAUGAUGCAUCAGAGGCCUUAAGAAAGUCAUUCAGUAAAAGAUCAUGGACAAGAACAAAAGUCGAUCAUCUUACAGCAAUGGGAUUCGUACAGAUCACGAUGACCUGGCGGAACUGGAUUUACAUCUUGAUCUGGAGGCACUGGCAGACAUGACAGAAUCUGAUUCAGAUUCCUCGGAGGAUGAGUUUUCUGAGGAGGAGUGGCCAAGUGCAAAUGAGGAAGAGGAAGAGCUUCUAAAACUGACACAUGAUCUACAAGCAUCCAAUGAAAAAAGACCAAUAGCAGUGUCACAACCAAAACCUCCACCUCCCCAGCAAAAUUUAUCUGGAAACAAUGGUGCAUUGUUACCAUAUGAAGAUGGAAUUGAUGUGGACAGUGAGGAAGAAAAUGAAAUCAUGAAAGAAAUGAAAGCAGAAAUCAGUAAACAAAUGAGAGAAGAAAUGAAAUCAGAAUUAGAGGUUUACAAGCAAGGAAUGGAAGCCCUAGAACAAGGUCAGCUGCCAGGAGCCCGGGGGAGGGGGGAAGAGGAGGAGGAGGGGCUGGAAAACAUGGAACCCAAGCUAAAGGAGGCCAUUCUAAAGAUGCGCAAGCUAGACAGAAUCCUGGCCAAGAAAGUCAAAAAAGAAAGAGAAGUUAAAAGAAUGAUAUUGUUAGAAAGAAGGAUAAAAGAAGAGAUUGAAGCUAUGAAUACAGAGAGAGAUGGGGAGUAUAGAGAAGAAAAGAACAACACAGAGAAAUAUCUGGCUCUUACACUGCCCCCUAGACACAAUGAGGGCGUUAGUAUUAGUGAGACCCAAGGGCCAGAUGUAUUCACUACAGAAUUAAAUGAGAGUGAUUACCCAGGGCUCCAGAGGAACCAGCAACAAGGGGGAACAACUAGGGGAUCAGGUAUGCAAAUAUUAUUGUAAUAUCAGUGUGCACAAGGUACCAACUCAGAUUGGAAGUGAAAUGUCAGCCAACACAAGAAAAGGAAGCAUCGAAAGAAAAAUUUUAUCAAACGUAACAAAGAGUUAGCUAAAGAUGCUGGAAGUGAAGUUGCCAUGACUGAUGAAGAGAAGGUCCGAGUAGGUGAAUUACUGAAGGAUCUGGAUGAUCUUCCAGAAAUACUGGAGGAUGAGGAUGGUGCUGAGAGUGGAUACCAGAUGGUGGUACACCCAGGGGAGGGAUUCUGUCCAGACCCCGAGGAAAUGAGGGUACUGGACGGAAUUGACAGUCGAUUGAAAGAACUUCUUCCUCCAGAGGAAUUUGAGGAAGUGUCAGCACGUUAUUCACAAAAUCACCAUAAAAAGCUUUUCACACCAGUGGGGUUUAAAAACUUGUCCAGUUUUGAACAUUUUGGAGAACGAGCUUUACUAGAGAAUAAGGAACAAAGAGAUAUGCAAGCACGCCUCCAUAGGAUCGAAGAGGAACUUGCCAAACUUCACAACCCAGAAGAACUGGAGCUUGAGACCCCUGACACUUUGUCUGGAGACCA